UUCAUCAUUUCUCUGACUCAGGUUAUUCUGCGAACAUUUCCUCAACCUUUAUGUAGUUCUUUAGCGUACUAUACUGCGUAGCAUACCACAGUUCGUGAUUUUUUUUUGUUUGUUUGUUUUUCCGGCAGAAAAUGGCACAUUAAAAUAUUUCACUUUUGUUCGUUAUCACUUUCUCUUCUCGAGUUGAACGCGGAGAUUAACAACUUUAGUUUUUGUAACGGUCAGAUUUUGCCAUAGAUAUGGCAUCAAAAUCGAGUAUAGACUACGAGGCGAUUCCAAUAACAGCUUUAAACUGUAGUUUCCGAAAGAAACUGGGGCUGUAUUUGAAUCCUACAAACACAGUGGCGGCAGACUGGAGGACAGUGGCCGAAAUGAUGGACUUUACUUACCUGGAGAUCAAAAACUUCGAGAAAAGAGACUAUCCCUUUGAAAAGGUCUUAACGGAGUGGGAAACUCGUCCAGAGGCAACGGUAGCAAAUUUACUGUCGAUUUUAGAAAAAGUUGAAAGGAAAGAUGUUACAUCUGACCUCAAAGAAAUUAUAGACGACGACUGCAGGAAGUAUUUGGAAAGACAGCAGAGGAAGCCUGUCCAGGUUCCAGUGGUGGACAGCUGUGGGCCGCGCACGCAGGAACGAGACGGCAUCACGCUCUAUGAUGAUCCACAAGGUCUGACACCGGAGACCUUCGAUGCUUUCAUCUGCUAUUGUAAGAGUGACUUCCAGUUUGUGCAUGAGAUGAUCAAACAGUUGGAGCAGACUGAAUACAACCUGAAGCUGUGUGUCUUUGACCGAGACGUCCUUCCUGGCACGUGUGUGUGGACCAUCGCCAGUGAGCUUAUAGAGAAAAGGUGCAAGAGGAUGGUGGUGGUCAUUUCUGACGACUAUCUGGACAGUGAUGCGUGUGACUUUCAAACCAAAUUUGCGCUCAGCCUUUGCCCAGGAGCUCGAUCUAAACGUCUAAUCCCUGUCGUCUACAAAAGCAUGAAGAGGCCUUUUCCCAGCAUUCUCCGUUUUCUGACCAUCUGUGAUUACACCAGACCCUGCACGCAGGCCUGGUUCUGGAUCCGGCUGGCCAAGGCGCUCUCACUGCCCUGAUCUCUUCUAUAGACACUCCUAAAUGUCAGUCAUCACUGGGUAAAGCUAUUCUCUGGAGGAUAAAGGGAAACACCUUAAGUGAUCUUUGCUUGCUUGGAAGAGUUUCUCAGACUCCGCAGUGAGUCCAGCUUAUGAACAUUUCAAGAGAGGUACUUUUUGUGGUUUUUAUAACAGAUACGUCUGACUUAAUCAAAAGGUUGCUCAGUUUCCAAAGCAAAUCCCUACAAACGGUUAUUCAUUGUUCUUGUCAAUGUCUUGUUCGCAGUGUGCAGAAGCGUUUAUUUUGUUGAGUGUUUCAGCAUGUGAAGUCUGAAAGUGCAUCAGCUAGUUCAUUUCAUCUAUUGCAAAACAUUAGUUAAAGCUUUGAAGUGUUGUGUAGUACUAUGGGCUCAUAUAAGAAACAUUUUGCUGCUUUAAGCGUUUUGUGUUAUAAUCAUGCAAAAUAUAUUUGUGUAUUUUAUGUUUGCUCUGCUGUUUUGGAAUGAACCUCGUUACAUUUUUCGGUAGCAGCUUAAUACAGAUUUACAGAUGUGUAUCUAUCUCGGCUACAGUCAUGGUUGGUUAACUAUGUUUUUAUCUAUUUUAUUUAUAAUUAUCUUCAGUACCUUUAAUCUUUCUUUGAUCGUCAUUAACUGGCUUUAAUCUGUUAGGUCAGACUUCGUUUAAUAUGAAAAAAACUGAACUUUUAUAUUGCAUUCACGCAUUUUACAGCAUCGCACAUACAGAUUAAUAUAUAUUGACUGUAAUGCAUAUAGCAUUAAUGAUAACUGUAUUCAGAACUUAUUUGUCAUUUUUGUGUAUUUAGAUCAGUUGACCACAUUUACCGCAUUUCCUGUUAGUGGAAACUUUCAGUGAAGUGGUGAGAAAUUCUUCUAAAAAAAAAGUUCAUUAGAAAAACAAACGAGUAGUGACCUCUGCAGCAAACCUUGCAGAUUUUAAGAUGGAAGAGUGUGUGUGUGUGUGUGUAGCAUACAUUAUAUGCUUUUUUAAUAAAACAUGUUUGGUUGUUGAUUAUACAGACUGAGGGGUUAGUACUUAAUUAAAAGUAAUUAAUAGAGAGUGCCUUUUGAUAUGCUAUUUAAAAACUGACCACUGAACCGAUGACAUACUAAGUACAGUAUUUGUAUUGUCUCACAUAUAUAAAUCAAGUUAUAAAUUUCUAUUUAGUUUUCGUCAUGUCCCCGGGUGCAGUGGACUUCCAUCAUCGACUUUAUUAAAGUAUUGAGAAUAUUGCUGCAGCUGAUCCUCAUUAAAUAUAAUUUUCCUGUGUUUUCAAUUUACUUCCCAUUCCACUCUUUUGUAAUAUCCCUUUAACUCAAGGCAGCUGCCUAAUGACAUCAUCCUCCAGGAAGUGACCUGUAUUAGCAUACUUCCGUUUUAUUGGCUUGUUUCGCGUUUUGUGAUGAAUUUACAGAAAUAUUAUGAAAAUAUCAAAGGGUAGUGAAAAAAUAAACAAGGGAAUCACGUAUUUCCAGGUCGACACGAUUAAACUUGUUACGACUAGCGCUGUUUGUCCAGAAUAUGUGAGGGAUUCACUGUUAGUUUAGUCGCUUUUUUUGUUUGUUAUCUUUUUUAAAAUUCUUUUUUCUGUGUAUUUUUGCUUGCUUUAGGAAUAUUUAGGAAUACGCUUUGAGGGAUGAUCCAUGUACUGUGUAUGCCACGAGAUGGCAGUAUAAUAAACCAUAAAAAGGCCACCAUCGACAAUGCAUUUUCAAAAAACAAACAACAAAAAAGUUUAAAGGAACUAUGGCCGAUUUUUUUUUUACCAGUUAUUGCAAAAAAUGAAUAAAUAUAUAUUUUUUAAAUGUUCCCUGAGUGUAUGUCCUAUGAUCCUAUGUCCCUAUACCAGUGCUAAUAAAUUAUAUACAAUUUA